ACCAUCAACAACCUCUUCCAUGUGUGUGUGUCUCUAUAUUUGUGUCUCUCAGGUCCUGGGCCGCCCGACGACUACACGCAUGCGCACUCGGAAUUGACGGGUAAAGCAUCAAAUUUAUCGAAUAGUCGUGAAACGACCACUACCACUACCACUUGUUCCGCAUGCCACACCGGAAGCCUAAAUAAUUGCUCCUCUAGCGAGGCAUCUGCAGCGUCUGCGUCUGAGCGUGAAUUCGAUUUGUGUGCGUCGUCGCCUGUAUGCGCGUGUGAUGAAUGUGCUGCCAGUGCCAAUGUGAGUGCUAGCGUUAGCGCGAGCGGCGUCAGCGCCUGCGCUAGUGCGAGCGCCACAGCCACCACCCUUGAGGCUGAUGAAUGUUAUCCUUUUACUUCUUCCUCCCUAAAUGUGCCUACAUGCCAUGCGUCCGUCACCGCAUCCGCAUCCGCCAAUGCCUACGCCUACGCCUACACCUCUGCCGCCGAUUGCGCCUCCGCAACCGCUGCUGCUGUCACUAAUAAUGCCUCCUAUUGCUCCACAUCUGCGCCCACUACUAUGGUCGCCGAUGAGCGCCGAACUGCUACUGCUAGUAAAAUUAACAGCUUUUCCAACAACAAUAACAACACUUGCAGCAUAAACAAUAACAAUCGUUUGGGUUUGACGAUCAGCUGUAGUGGAGCUAAUAUGCUGCACAUGCAUCACCAGCCGUCGCAACAGCAACAGUCGCCGCAUCAACAUCAGCAGCAGCAUCAUCACCACCACAACCAACAUCACCACGAACUGCUACACCUGCAGCAUCAUCUGCUGCAACAACAUCAGCAUCUACACCACCCCCAGCCGCAGCAUCAGCUCCACCAACACCAACACCAACACCACCACCACCAUCAUCAUCAACAACAUCAUCACUCGCACCAUCAGUCGCCGCUGUCUGAUGGUGGUAGUGAAGGACACGAGCAGGAGAAUUUGAAAGGAAGCAACAGCACAUCGGACUUGAGUGAUACAUUCGACUGGUGGUUUCAUAGGCAUAAAAGAAAUUCGAAAAAGAGCAGCACUCGCUCAUCAACGUUUCAAUUAAAUAUAAACAAUGGAUUUAAUUUCACACCAACUCAUAGAUCGUCCCCAGUGAGUAGUUGUUGUGGCAGUAGUAGUCAAGGUCGUUCCAGUCCGGAUACAGAUUUGGGCGAACCACCGGCAUUCCCAUUAAGUCCAGGUUAGCAUGCCUGGUUUAAA